AUGCUGCAAAGCAAUAAAAAUGUGUCUUUUUACAUUUGCUGUCAAGGUUCUGAUCAACCCAGUCCUGGAUUCAUUGUGUUCCAUAGACAAUGGACGCGGGCUUGCCGUUGGUGGCUUUCAGACAGGAAGAAAAGAGCUUUGCAGAAGAAAGAUGUGGAUAUCCGUAGAAGGAUUGAACUCAUUCAAGACUUUGAAAUGCCAACAGUUAGCACGAAGAUUAAGGUAUCACGAGAUGGACAGUAUAUUAUGGCAGUUGGAACUUAUAAGCCAAGGAUCCGCUGUUUUGAUACAUAUCAGUUGUCCCAGAAAUUUGAAAGAUGCUUAGAUUCCGAAGUGGUUACGUUUGAGAUUUUAUCAGAUGAUUACUCAAAGAUUGUCUUCUUGCAGUGUGGCAGAUUUGUGGAGUUUCAUUCGCAACACGGCCAUUACUACAGGACAAGAAUACCAAAAUUUGGUAGAGAUUUCUCUUAUCACUAUCCAUCAUGUGACCUGUAUUUUGUAGGAGCAAGCUCUGAAGUAUACAGGCUAAAUCUGGAACAAGGACGGUUUCUCAACUCCCUGCAAACUGACGCUUCAGAGAGUAAUGUCUGUGACAUAAACCCUGUACACUUCUUGUUUGCUAUGGGGACGGCAGAGGGUAAAGUGGAAUGCUGGGAUCCUAGAACUAGAAAUCGAGUUGGGCUGUUGGACUGUGCUUUAAGCAGUGUGACAGCAGACACAGAGAUAGAUGGUUUGCCGUCGAUUUCAGCACUGAAAUUUGACGGAGCUUUGAAUAUGGCUGUUGGAACAUCUACUGGGCAGGUUUUAUUGUAUGAUCUCCGGUCUAGUAAUCCAUUAAUACUCAAAGAUCACCAUUAUGGCCUGCCUAUUAAGUCAAUUCAGUUUCAGCAUCAGUUGGAUUUAAUUAUCUCUGCAGAUUCUCGAAUCAUAAAAAUGUGGAACAAAGAUACGGGGAAGAUAUUUACUUCAAUGGAGCCAGAAAAUGAUAUCAAUGAUGUCUGCCUGUAUCCAAAUUCAGGAAUGUUAAUGACUGCCAAUGAAGCCCCUAAAAUGAAUAUCUAUUAUAUACCAGUUUUAGGACCUGCCCCAAAAUGGUGUUCCUUCUUGGACAACUUGACUGAAGAACUGGAAGAGAAUCCAGAGAGCACAGUUUAUGAUGAUUACAAAUUUGUUACCAGAAAAGACCUUGAAAAUUUAGGCCUUGCUCAUCUCAUUGGAUCAUCAUUGCUGAGAGCGUAUAUGCAUGGAUUUUUCAUGGACAUAAGACUCUAUCAUAAGGCAAAAAUGAUGGCCAACCCCUUUGCCUAUGAAGAAUACAGAAGGGAGAAAAUAAGGCAGAAGAUAGAAGAAACACGUGCACAGAGAGUUCAACUAAAGAAACUUCCAAAAGUCAAUAAAGAGCUUGCACUCAAACUGAUUGAAGAAGAAGAAGAGCAACAAGUUAUUAGAAAAAGGAAACAAAAGAAUCUGCCUAGCCUUCUCAAAGAUGAUCGUUUUAAGGUCAUGUUUGAGAAUCCAGAUUUCCAGGUGGAUGAGCAGAGUGAAGAAUUUAGGCUACUUAACCCACUUGUUUCUAAAAUAAGUGAGAAAAGAAAGAGGAAACUAAAGAUCUUAGAGGAACUGGAAGCACGAGAACAGGAAGAGGAGGAAGAACCAGAAGGAAAAGCAAGUGAUGCAGAAAGUUCUGAGAGUUCAGAUGAUGAAAAAGGCUGGGUUGAAGAGGUCAGGAAACAGCGCAAGCUUCUGCGCCAAGAGGAAAAAGUAAAGCGGCAGGAAAGGUUCAAGGAGGAUCAGCAAACAUUACUGAAACCUCAGUUUUUUGAGAUUAAAGAAGGAGAGGAAUUCAGAAGCUUCAAAGACUCUGCCAAAAAACAAAAAUUAAUGAAGAAAACUCUUGGAGAUCGUUUAAAGCUUGAAGAAAAACUUGGCACGCUCGAUGUGUCUGAUACCACAGUAGGCAGCAAACAGGCAACAUUCAAAUUAAAGAAGUCAGAGCAGCAAAAGAAGCAACACGAAGCUGAGAAACAACAUCGUCAAGAGAGAAAAGCUCUUAGGCGUCCUGCUAGUCAUCUCACGAGCAGACGUGGAAGAGGACGACUGUUUCAUUGAUUUAUGUUAUUUUUUAAAGAAACUUCUUUUAUCCCUUUUUUCAUUUGAAAAAAGGACUUUUUCAAAUUGGGACACCGUACCAAUGUAUGUUCAUUGAUGAACACAAAAACCAGAACUUGCUAAAUCCGUGUUAAUUAUUGAGAAGUUUAUGAAAGUAGAAAUACUGACCGAAGGACACUUCAAGUGUGGUGUGUUAUAAACUCCAGCGAGAACAUAUUUGUGCAGAAAUCACCAGCAAGCGGUUAUUGUGUAACCCUGGAUGUUGUCUAUAUAAGAAUUUUUGCAUACAAUGAGGCUGCCUGUCUUUUAUUUAACGUAAGAACUGUGGGUUUUUUGCUUUCUGACAUCUUGUAUUUGUGACUGCUUAGAAGAUCAAGGGUAAGGUAUUUUGUCUAGAAACUUACCUUUACAAGGGCACAACAAAUUUUUCUUCUAUGAUUCUUGAAGGAUUACACACAACUUUUUUUUUUCAAAGGUUUGACUUCGGCUUUGUAUUCUUGGGUUGCUUUGGUAGCCAGGAGGAGGUACAGAUGGUCAUCGGUGGGGCAUUGAGAAUGCCUGAUUUAGGUGCCUCUAAGUCACUCUGCAAGGAAACCUCUUGCCACACCAAUGUACAAAGGGGAAUCUUGGAAGGAUAUUCUUACUAAGUUAAAUAUUGUGAAUAUUGCCUUUUCUCAGAAUCCUUAGGACCAGGUUUAAUAUGUUUUGGUAAACUAGCCAUGGUUCAACACAGAUCAAGUGGUAUGCAUUCACAUAACAAGCACCUUGAGGCCACACCAGUACCCUACUAUUCUUUAAAAAGUUAGUUUAGUUAAAUAACUUAAGGAACUAGAACCUACAUUAAGGAAAUUAUUGAUUCUUCUCUAUAUAGUCGUCUUGGUUCCCAACAGAAUGCUUGUUGCUAACCAGGAUACAUCAUCUCCUCUUGAUUUUUAUCUUGCAAACCCACCAUUUAUGUAAGUAGUUCAUUACUUAAGCAAAGAAAUUAAUUUUUACCUUUGAUCCUGAAGGAGUUCGGUUUAUUGCCUUUUAAAAGGCUUUAUAAAUUGUCUUUUUGCUAAAUCCAAGAAACUGUGAACUUUGGAUCCAACAAUAGUCAGGGAAUCUCCCCAUCACUGUAAAUCUGUUUAAGAGACAUGGAGGUUCUUAAGUGUUUUGCUUUAUAAACCAGAGAGGUUAUUAAUCUGGACAGAUCUCCUGGACAGUAUUUACCAUAGGAUUGUUGCAGUUAUUUCAGUAAAAACCUUGGUUUCUCAUAGCCUGAUGCUUUUUUUUUUUUUUUUUUAAAGAUGGUAGAAUAAUCAGCCACAUGGUUAAAUUUAUCUUCUUCUCCCUGAUUUAAUUUUAUCUACUUUAAUUCCGUGUUUCUGUUUUUAAUUAUACUGUUUCCUUUAAUUUAAAAAUGCUUUUUGCACCUGGUAUUUUCAUCUUUAAAACAUAAUUGAAGCCAUCACCUCUCUGUCCUUGCAUUCAACUAAAGGGUGAGUCCCUCAAUACCUAUUUUUUAUCUCUGGCUGUCAAAUUUCUGCAUUGUCCAUGAGCUUCUCAUCCUUUCCGUUUAACGUAGAACUGUCCAGUGUUCCAAUGUCCGCCUCACCCAUGCUGUGUAUCAAGAAGUGCCAUUAUUACUUCUCUUUCUCCACUGAGAAAAUGUCAUGCAGUUGUGGUUGCUCCAGGGGACGCCUACCUUGUGGACGGCUCUUCAUUCAACCACUCCUUCCUUUGUGCGCUGGAUUGCUGAGGGCUUGCUUGAGAUCAUGGGCAGUUGUCUAAGGUGAAGAAGAGGCAAAGCUCUGUGCAGUCUCCAUCUUCGCUAUAACUGAAUUUGUGCUCUACCGGAAACCAGCAGCUGAUGCAGAUUUUGAAGGACCAGAGAGAAUUAACCAGAAACAGGUCUGCAGUGCCAAAGGUGUUUUCCUGCUGUGGCUGUAUUCCUGAAGGAAGCACACAUCAUUCUAAUACAGGCAGAUGGAUACCAAGCAUGUCUCUAAAACAGAAAGAUAGUAUAUAAUUUUAAAAUUCAUAAAUUAAUUGAACUAAUACUUAAUCUCACGCUACUUUCUCCGAUGAAUGAGCAGCUGGUUAGAUUCUUGAGAUUGAUAAAGCAGGUCGGUGUCCUUGAACAGCUGUCUGGGGGAAGAUUUGAGAGUUUUGGUAGAAGCUGACAUAUUAAUGCAACACCAUUGCAACCGAUUAACCAUAUAAAGCAACCCAAGCAGGCGUUUCUUAGGUAUCAGCCCGAUUACAUUAACCUUUUUUCAGUCACCAGUAGUUCACUUUCCAUACUGCAGGAACCUGUGUUGAUCCUGUGUUGCCAUUCCUAGAAGCUGAGCAGCUGCUUGGGAUCCUUUUUGACAUUUAAGGUUUGUACUCUAACAUGGGGAAAAUGAGUACUAGACUGGAAUUCUAGAAAGGAUGGACCAACUUUCAGAUGCAGAAGGACAGUGAAGCAGUACCACAGCUUGCCUGGGGAGGUUGUGCCAUGUCCACCGAAAGACGUGCCAUGUCCACCGAAAGACGUGCCAUGUCCACCGAAAGACGUGCCAUGUCCAAUUAAACAUCUGCAGGCACCCCAGAAGUCCAGCAGAGCCUGCCUUGAGGAGGAGGCAUGGAUUAAUGAACUUGAGAGGACCUCUCCAGCCCGCCGAUAUGCUGUGGCUGGUUGUGGGGCGUAAGGAAGAGGCACGCAGUGUUAAUUGACUGGAGUCACUUUCCCCCCUUUGUCCCAUCCUUCAACCGAAUCACU